ACAAAACAGCUGUUAGUGUGACAGCAAACAGCUGCAAAUGACAACAGGUCAUUUCUUAGGGAAGACACAGCAACACAGCACAGCAGUUUUAAAUUAAACUCUAUUUUUAGAAUGUUACCUUUGAACAAAAAUGGACAAGCAAUGGGUGUCAGUGCAAUGGGUGUAAGUGCAAUGGGUGUAGGUGUAAUGGGUGUAGGUGUAAUGGGUGUAGGUGUAAUGGGUGUAGGUGCAAUGGGUGUAGGUGCAAUGGGUGUAGGUGCAAUGGGUGUCAGUGCAAUGGGUGUUGUUAGUGGUUUUUGCUAAGCUGUGCUUUCUUCUGGCUCUGCCUCGAGCAGCAAAUAUCUGCAGUUCUGCUGGGGCUCAGGAGAUUGUUCCUAAAAUAUCAGCAUUUUAGUCAACUUAAAAAGAAACAGCAUCAAGUUAUCAUGCUGCAAACAGCCAGGAAACAAUGACCUGUGCCAGAAGAAAGAUUAAUGUUACUUUUUUUUCUAAUACGUUCUGAAUUAACAUUACAGUAAUGACUAAGCUCUAGAUUCAAACCUUGAGAUGAUGUAAUUUUUAGACACGGGCCAAAUUUUCUUGCCAUUUAUACAAAAUCUUAAGGAGCCGAAUGUGUAACUGAAGCCAUCAGCUGUGGAGAGUGCGUGUAAACACGUCUCAGUUGGACAAUUACUGAGACCUCAUUUCCUGCUCAAUAAUCUACGCUGUGCACUUUGGCUCACACGUGUCCUGUGCCAGUCCUGCUCUCCCCUCGUGCCCCUCUCCUCCCAGCAGGUAUUUGUUUCCAUUGGCUCUGUGCUGUGCUGUACAGUUUUACUGCCCUUACAGAUCACUUGCCAGAGGUUUGGGGAGAAGUGAAUCAGUCUCGCCGAAUGAAUCACCUUAAAAAUGUUCAGUUGCAAGAAAUAUGAAAGCCCGUAAGUCUGCCAGCUCUAUUAACAGGCAAUUGAGUGAUAAAAGGUUGGGACCUGCAACCCAAAACAAAGCAGCUUCCCAAAGUUUCAGCAAACUGAGCAAAGAAAAGCAAAGCUGUCCUGGGGGAAAAAGUAAGGAUCGAUCUUCGGCCAAUUUCUGAGUCAUCUGCAGCCAGACCGGCCUCUGCAGCCCAGAAUGUGCUUGAGAGAGAACAUUCCCACAUUGGCAGAGGGGCGGAUUCGGUGACCUAAUCGUGUGCCUCUUUCAUAUCUAUGAUUUGAGCUCAUCCCAUACAGAUAAGUGUCAGCAGUCCAUCCCCACCACCGUCACAGGUAACCUCAGCCUGUGGAUCUACAAAACACCGUCUGACCAAAAAACAGCAGCACAUACAGCGAGGAUGUGCAAAGGGCAGCUGCUGGUUUCUGGAUGGGUGGUGAGGGAGGCGGCAGGCACAGCUCUGGGUCCCAGUCACACCCUUGAAAGAAACCUUCCUAUAAACUUUUAAUGGGACGUAGAAGUUAUUUCAACUUGUGGGUGCAAUUCAGGAAGUGGGUGACGUCUCACAGAGCGUUCCUACAGAAUCAAAGCCAAACAUGACCUCACUCAAAUCACUGUCACAGCGGGUGGCUCCAUUCUGAUGCCGGCUUUGUGGGCUCACAGGUGUCAUCAAUAUGGCAAAGCCGCAGAGAGCUGAGCUCUGAGCAGGGCUUGGAAAUCCACACUGCUGCUUUUGUAGCAAAAUGUUUUCCACUGUCCUUAUCUAACAUCCUUCCACAGUUUGAAGCUUCCAUGACUUUGAUACUAAAAGCAGAGUUAAAAGGUUGAAACUUCAGAAUUGUUUCAACAAUUAAGUUCAUGUGGUCCCAUUAAACCGGGCUAAUUCUUUGUAAAGGAAGCCAGGCUAAUGAGUGGCCCCACCCUGGGUAACUGGCUUCACCUGGGAUCACUGCAGCACAUAUUUAAGCAGGAAGCAGCAAAGUAACCCCUCUCAGAAGACAGUAAGUUGUUUCUGUUCCUUCCACUGUGGCCAACCAGAAUUCCUUUUGUAGGGACAAUUAAGGACAGAACAGUGCCCCAGCUUUUUGGACUUAGGAGUGGGAGAGCUGUGAAUUGAAGCGAGAUUUAUGUUCUUCUGCACAAGAAAGUGACCUUAUUCUUAUGUUGAAGAACUGGAGAACAAACAACUGCACACCCAUCAGAAAGCAAACUGCCUUUCAGGCUUCCCAGCCGUUGCAAGCAGCAGCGUUUUGCCAUCCAAAGGGCCUGGAAAAGCACAGCAGACACUGACAGCAGCGCAGCUGGGCCCAUGGGGCUGCCCCAUCAGCUCACUCCUCCAUGGAGCACAAACAGCUUCCUCAGCCAACAGGAAUGCAGGCAGGAUCCAGCUGCAUCGGUAUUAAGGAACUAAAAGCAUGCACGGAAGAGCUUGUAUUGCAAAAGAAUGCGGCUUCACGUCAUCCAAAGCCGUGAUUUAAAACUGAAGUAUUUCGUAGAGGAUCUUGAACAACUAAUGCUGGACCUUUAUUUCACUGGCAUCACCUAUUGAAACUUCCACCAUCCCACCAGUAACUGCUGAAUGCUAAUUAGGACGGAGCACAGCUGUGUCCCACAUUGUGUUUAAAAGCUGUUUGGAGCAGCAGGUGCUUCCCUGGGUGGGGUGAGUCACCCCAGGCUCUGGACUCACACUUCUCAUUUCAUGGCCUCACAUACAGACUUGGUCUUCCAAGCAGUGAUUUAAUUUACAAGGGAGAGGACAAUGCAGAACUGCAGAACCCUUGCAAUUUCUCAUCUUUUUCCAAAGAGAUUUAAGUACUGAUUGCUCUUCUAGCUUGCUUUGGAUUGAAUGCACACAGGAGCCCAGCUCAGUGUUCUCCUAUGGCCGAGUGCUCCCCGUCCUGCCAGCUGGUGGGUACCACAUCGCUCCCAUUCUGUGCCUUGAGAGCCACCUGGUGGAACACAACAUAAGAAAUACUCCUCCAAACUACAGCGAACUCCUCGUGCGGGCUGUGAGGAGCCUCGCAAUCAGCCUGGAAGCAGCAGGGUGCAGGUUUUACAGACUUCCAGCAGAGAAUCCUCCGAGCAGCUGCCCUGUAUGUAUCAAACAGCUCUGCCCACUGCAAGUGCCUAUACAAGGAAAUCCAGGAGCACGGUGGUGAAAGCAGCAAUGACAAAGAAACACGCUGAGAGCUGUUCAAGUGCUCCAAACAGAGAAUUAUUAACUAUUUCUGCUGCUGGCAGUGAAGAAGUACGUUCCAAACAGCCCCUUGAAUGGGGGCUUCAAUGUGGUGCCUCUGAGAAGCAGCUGGUUCUACCACCGGUGCCUGUUGAGCCCACGACUGCCCAGCCAUGCAGCAGAGCAGCACUGCGCCUUUCUCCAGGUUCACAGAAGCAGCUGGAAAUGAAGAUUAUGCUUGACCCAGAAAACAUCAAUAAGAAAGCUGUUUCAAAACAACAGAGCUGUGAGACCAGGCUGCCACGUAUAACUAAGAAAAAACCUGCUCCUACACGUAGUCAGAAGGGAGGGAAGGGUGAUACCACCAACCAGCUUCGGCUUUUGCCUGCCUCUCGUCGUGUGGACUCUGCCUUACCCCUGUUAGGAGGAGAUAUGAAGAAAGAUAUUCUGAGCCUAACUGAACGAAGGCUUAUCCCUCCAGCAGCAAAGAUAACUCUCCAGAUACCUCCUGUGGUAUCCAAAGCAGCUCCUCUCCAUGAAGUCCACAGGCAGCGCAAGAAGUCAGCUGUAGGAGAGGUUAGUAGUAAGGUGGAACCUGGGAGCACAGACACUUCCACCUUUCCAAGCUCAAAGGAAGCAGCUGGCAGCUCAUCCUCCUCUAGCAAAGGUAACACUGCACCACUGCUACCCAGCAGCUCCCUGGAUUCGACCAGAAAAUCAAAGCCAGCACACGGAUACCCGGCUCAACAGCUGCAGUGUGAGCUGCAGGCUCCACAGACACAGGAUCCAUCCCCUGACUGCCACAUUGCUGUUUACUACGGCGCUAUAGACCAGACAGCCCCAGGCUUUCUGGCAUUCAAACAGCGUUAUUGUUUGUCCUGGGAGAGCAUUGUCUGUUUUUUGGAACACACAGAGAAGCUUCUCAAGGACUACGCUGUGCCACUGGCCACAGUAAACUGUCAGAAGUUGGUGGAAGCAGCAUCGGACUUUGUGCUCAACAAGAAUCCCACCAAAGGUGACAUCCUGUCAGUGAUAAAGAAUCGAUCGGCUGUGGAAGAGAUUUUAAAUCGACCUGGCCAAAGAUACAAAGGCCAAGGAGGUCCUGAAAUGGCGGCUAUAAAGAUCCAGGCGAUGUGGAGAUGUUACCAGGCCAGGAGAGCCUACGUCCGAUACAGGCGGCAGCAGUGGGCAUCAGGUGUGAUUGCCAUUUCUUGGCUCCUGCAUAAUCACAUGGCACGUGUGAAAAAGACCCUGAAGGAAUCACGUCAGAGACACCUGGAGAAUUUUUACAUCAGGGCCAAGCAUCUGGCAGCCAACUGGAAUCGCAUCAGGACCUCCAGGAGGACUAUUAUCCAUAUCCCAUCAUUAGGGUAUUCCCAGUGCAUCCGUCAGCAUAUUCCUGAUCUUGCUCUUCAACAGAACUUGCAGCUGGGAAGGCUGUGUGACAUCCUGGAUGCCAACGUGGACGUCAUCUACAUCUGCCCCCUUCAUCUGAGUGAGGAGUUACUGCAGUAUUACAAUAAACUCCUGGGUCUGCAGGCAGCUGUUAGAUCUGGGAACCCUGAGGACAUGAGUGACCUGCAGGACAGGUUCAAAAUUCUCACCCCUGAAGCUAUAAACAGCUUCCCUAAGCAUCACAUGUGCCUGGCCACCCAGCUGAAGUACAGUCCCAAGACAAUCCAAAGAAUAAAAAUCCUCAUCCAGAGCAGAGAUGCCUACAUUAUCGGAGGGGUUCCCCACAAAGAUGAUUUAGCAGUGGCUGACAUGUUAAAUGUGCCGAUAUUGGGCUCAGUACCAGAGGUGGCUCAUCUCUAUAGUACCAAGUCUGGAAGUAAACAAAUUUUUGCCAGUGCUGGUGUGCCAACCCCUCCUGGAGAAUCUGACAUCUACAGCCACGAGCAGCUGAUCAGUGCUCUCAGCCAACUGAUUGUGGACAACAUGGAAGUGCGGCGCUGGCUGUUCAAAAUGAAUGAUGAAUCGGGAGGAAAUGGCACUGCCUUCUGUGAUGUCAUCUUGCAUUUGGAGUGCUACCACUGGGUUCUAAAGGAGCGUCAGAAGCACAGCCCUGAGACAUGGAGUAAGAAGUGGGCACAUGAGCCAGCUUUGGUGAAGAUCUCCCAGGAGCUGCCGGGCCUUUUAGCACAGCACGUACAGCCAGUCAAUGAGAAACGAUUCCCUACAUGGGAAAAAUUCCUCCAAACAUUUCUUAGUCAAGGUGGUGUGAUAGAAGCUUUCCCACUCUCAGAAAAUGUCACAAACCUUACGGUGGAUAUGCUGAUAGAGCCAACGGGAGAGAUAAAAGUAGUGUCGUCAGGAGACCAGCUCCAUGCUGACGGACCUCUGCGAUCAUCUGGCACCACCAUUCCACAAAGAUCUGUUGAUCCAGCAGUUCUUAAUUCACUCUGCUUAAAAAUUGGAGAAGCCUGUAAAUCUAAAGGAGUGCUUGGUUACUUCUCAGCUGAUUUUGUGACUUUCAUCCAUCCACAAACAAUGGAGCAGCAGGUAUGGGCAACAGACCUUGACCUCUGCUAUAGUGACCAGCUGGCCUUGACUCAGCUCACGUUGUACGUGUCAGAUGGAAACCUGGAUUGUUGCUCUGGCCUUUCUGAAGUACCUCUUGGUUCAAGGAAACUGAAAAGCCAACGUGCUCAGCGCAAGGAGACAGAAACGCCUUCUCCAGGAAGCGGCCGCUGUGCAGUAGCAAGCAGUCAGCUGAGGCACUCCAGUCUUUCAGUCAUCUACUACAGUGUUCUCCUCCAGAUGUGUAAAGCUCACGGCAUUGGAUUUGACCUCCAGCAAAAACAGGGAACGGUGUUUAUACUGUAUGACGAUCGGAAGCGAUACAGAUUGGGAAUGAUAACAAUCGGAGAGGAUCUCCAGGGGGUCCUCAUGACCUUUGCUCGCAAUCUCUUCAUCAUCCAUCAAGAAAUAUCAGCACCUAAUAUGCAAGGCGAGACCAAUUUUAAGACGGCAAUUCAGGAUAUUGAAGCAAUUCUGGGAGUUACAGCAGAAAACAAACUGAAAUUGGAAGAAGAGCAUCCUUCAAAAGCAGCUGCUCGGAGAGAAUAGUUAACAGAAGAUGUUUUAGUGCCGUACUCUUUAUGCUUCUGGAAAUGCUUUCUCAUCUGUAAGAACAGGUUUGGUUUUCCUUCUGCACCAGCAUGUGAAUAUUACCUGGGACAAUACGUACCCAUGAUUUUUAAAUGCAGUAAUUACAGAAAUAGUCCUUAUUUCACUAAAUAAACUAUUCGGAAACUGAGAA